AUGGGCGUGUACCUGGACAGCUGGCUGCUGGAGCUGGCGCUCGCUUUGUCAGCGCUGCUGCUGGCUGCCUACCUGAGCUUCCAGUGGAGAUACCAGUACUGGAGCAAGAAGGGCGUACCUUGUGUGGAGCCGAGUUUCCCAUUCGGUAAUCUGGGGCACAGCCUUCUGGGCCAGAAGUUCUUUGGAGAUGUCCUCCGUGAGCUGUACGAGAAGGCAAAAGGAAAACGAUUCAUUGGGCUCUACUCGAUACUCCGUCCUGUGCUUCUCGUGCGGGAUCCCGAAAUUGUUCGCCACAUUCUGAUAAAGGGCUUCGCUUCGUUCCGUGAGCGGGGGAUCUUCAUGGACGAUGAGCAGCCUCUCAACAGCUACUUGUUCUGGCUGCCUGCUCAGGAGUGGCACCAUCGCAGGGCCAAACUGACCCCUGCAUUCAGCUCCGGCAAACUGAAAGGCCUGUUCCAGGACCUGGCGGCAGAAUGUCUUGGCCUCUUCGCUGUGGGCUUCGAGACUUCUGCGUCCACAAUCAGCUACAGCUUAUAUGAGCUGGCGCUGCUUGAGGACAUCCAGAGUAAUCUGCAGCUGGAGAUAGACUCUGUAUUGCAGCGACAUGAUGACAAUAUUACGUACGACGGCAUAGAUGUCCUAUCUCGACAAAGUGGUGUCUGUCGAGACAGAUGCCAUCAGCCUCUGACUCAGUGCCCUCUUCUUGGUUUCUGGCAGAGACGCUCAGGAAGUACCCCUCCGCUGUCUUUACUGAACCGCGACUGCGUGGAGCCCUACAAGAUGCCAGACAGCGACGUCGUCGUGGACAGAGCAACGGCAAUCCUCGCCAGCCUCUUCGGCCUCCACUACGACGCGGAGCACUUCCCUGAUCCAGAGCGCUACGGCCCCGAGAGGUUCUCAGAAGAGCAGAAGGCCAAGAGGAACCCUUACGUGUACCUGCCAUUCGGGGACGGGCCUCACAUCUGCAUUGUUAAGAGACUCGGUUUGCUGCAGACCAAAGUGGGACUUGUGAACAUCCUGUCCAUGUGCAGCGUGCGACCCGCGGAGAAGACGACCAGGCACGUCACCUACAACAGCAGAGGUGUAAUGCUCGUUCCCACAAAGGAAAUCGAACUGAAAUUUGACAAACGAUGA